AUGGUACCGUGCACCUACUGGUAUGUACAUUUUGGUACGUUUCGCAUUCCCCCCCUUUCUAAUAUCUACCAGUCGGCGAGGGAGAGCUGCGCUGCUGGGUCGAAAGGGGGGCCGCGGUGUGCUUGGAAACAUGGGUCAGCAAUAAUUGACACAAGGCAAGGACCAAGCGGUGCCAUAACAAAGAAUCGAACCUCGAUGCUGGCGACAAACCUCAUGCCGGGGUCGCCGCACAUCCACUUCCUCUUUCUCCCGGUGGCGCACUACCGCUCAUCUCACUCUGAGUGAAUGCAGACACGCCGAUCAAGGGCCGCUGCUGGUCGCGUAAGGACAGGGCACGAUCCUGGACGCCUUCAUCGUGGCAUUGAGCCGAGCAUGCGUUGAUGGAGAAGACCUUUGGUAUGCAUCUACUCUUGAGCUACAGCUCGUGUCGCUGGAGUUUUGCCGGGUGUGCAGAAGUAUCCCGACCUUGCACGUUCGUGUCAACCAGGAAACGCCUCGUAGCUUGUGGCAUCCUUGGAAGUCAAACACCACACCGACAACCACACUGUGGCUCCUCGAAUCUCGGGCCGCGUGCCGGUGGUGUCGGCUUUUGGUUUGAAGUGAUCACGUUCGAUGAAGGUUCUGCAGCAGAUUUCUGCCAUUGAGCCGUUGUCGAGCUUAGAGCUGCAGCUGGCGUAUUCUUCGACUGUAGGUAGCCUCGAAUCGAUGUUUUGGCCUCAAGGGCUCAAAUGGUUGGUCUUUGGUUUGGAUACUGCCGUGGAUACGGUGCCGUGGCCGGCGUUCCAACGCUACAAACUUUAACGGUUCGGACAUUUGUUAACAAUCCAUGACCGGAGUCGUAUGGCCGGCCGCUCUGCAGGAGUUGUUCGUUGGGAAUGGUUUCAAUCAGUCAAUUGCCGAAGUCGUCUGGCCGGCCUCACUGCAAAAGCUAUGGUUUGGGGCGCGCUUUAACCGACCUAUUGUAGGAGUCGAGUGGCCGGGCUUCCUGCAAGACCUAUGGGUUGGGGAUUGUUUCGAUUAGCCCAUAGUCGGGGUCG